GAGGCCGAGUUGGGUCUGCAGGCUGGUCCGCUGUUCGCUGGGCGAGGGUAGACAUAAGGAAGGAUGUGCCGAGAGGCGGCUUUAGGACCGUGUGGCCGCUUCUCGCUCUUCCCCCAGACACGGGGCUUGGGGCCAGGCUCCGACCUGCCUGAGAGAGCUGAGCCGAGGCUGCCAGCCCCCUCGGAGCUUCUGUCGGACUUUAACAAUAAAGCACGCCUGUGCCCCUUAGGCGGGAACUCCCGGAGACUCGGCCCGGCGCUGCGGGAGAUCAGGAAGGGGCCCGGGCCCGGCACGCUGCCCUGUCUGAAGGGAGGGUUUCGCUGUGUACCGUGCCCUGAAGGGCGGGUACUCCUUUUACCAGAACACUUUCUUGGAGGAGGCGUAAAGUGGACGCUCUGUAGGCGACCUCAGGAAGCCAAUCUGUCAUGAAGCCUGAUGAAACACCUAUGUUUGACCCAAGUCUAUUGAAAGAGGUGGACUGGAGCCAGAAUACUGCAACAUUUUCCCCAGCCAUUUCCCCAACACACCCAGGAGAUGGUUUGGUUUUGAGGCCUCUUUGUACUGCAGAUCUAAACAGAGGAUUUUUUAAGGUACUUGGUCAGCUGACAGAAACUGGAGUGGUCAGUCCUGAGCAAUUUAUGAGAUCAUUUGAACACAUGAGGAAAUCAGGGGAUUAUUAUGUUACAGUUGUAGAAGAUGUCACUAUAGGGCAGAUUGUUGCUACAGCUACUCUGAUAAUAGAACAUAAAUUCAUCCAUUCAUGUGCAAAGAGAGGAAGAGUAGAAGAUGUUGUUGUGAGUGAUGAAUGCAGAGGAAAGCAACUGGGAAAACUGUUAUUGUCAACUCUUACUCUGCUAAGUAAAAAACUGAACUGUUACAAAAUUACCCUUGAAUGUCUUCCACAAAAUGUUGGCUUCUAUAAAAAGUUUGGAUAUGCUGUAUCUGAAGAAAACUACAUGUAUCACAGGUUUUUAAAGUAAUAAUAGCAAGAAUCAUUUUUAGAAUGAAAGCAAAGAAAUUUAUUGCAACUAGGUUAUUCUAAAUCAAAGUAUUUUAUUGCUACAAAACCAGUGACACACACCUUCUCCCCCAUAAAAUACUGGACAAAAAUUUUAAUACACAAGUUUGGCAUAUUAUCAGAAGAUUAAAUUGGAUUGGUGGAGCAUGCUGUGAUAUUAGUCUGUAAAUGAAUGUUAUGAAGGAAUUGACUUUUAACCAAAGGCAUAUAUUUUUAACUUGAAAUUUUUCCUGUAUUUUUCUAAAGUUGGGUUUUAUUUCUUUGUAGUCAAAGUAUAAAGUUAUCUGUUUACUAUCUUACUUGUUAUGCAAAAGAAACAAAUCGUGUAAGAGAAUAUCCUGUAGUGUACAAAAAUUAUUGGAUAACUAGUUUCUUUAGUUAUAAUAAAAAACUUAUAGGUUUAAUUGCAGCCUGACUUAAUAUUAGGUAAACUAGCCAUUGUUAACUCAUUGGACACAGAUAUUUCGGGGAGUUAAUAAUACCAAUGCUGACAAAUAUAAAAUAAUUGCUUCAUAAAAAAUUUAAAACUUUCCAUUUUAAGUAUUUUAAUUUGAUGAAAACCUAUUGUCUAGGGGGUAAUGAAGAGAUUCAAAGUAAGAAGUAGCUGUUUUUACCUAUGACAUGUCAAUAUAAUUUGAUUUUCUCUUAAUCUAGGCAUCUGUGUUUAUCUAAUAUAGGUACUCCACAUUGUGGUAACCUCAAUUUCCCCCCAAUUCUGAAAGAAACAGAUCUCAUAGCUUUUCAUUGAGGCACCCUUUAGAUAAACAUUGUAUGGGGAAAUCUCAUUACUUUUGUUGUAUUCAUAAAAUUGGUUGGAGAUUUUCUCAGUGAUAACAUGUACUUUUUAGUAUUUGCUGUUUUCUGAUUUUAUUUUUAGUAGCAAAUAAAAAUUUAGGAAAUUUACUGUUCAUUUGUAAAAUUUUUCAUGUCUUCCCUUCUAAUAAUUCUUGAACUUCUAGGUCCUCAGGUAAUGGUCAAUGUUAUUUAGGCAUUAGUUCUUUGCAAAGUAAUUAAAGAUCAUCUGUUUUCAUCA